AUGUGGAUAUUUAUAUUAGUAAAUCUUAUUAAAAAAAAUAAAACAUUUUUACCAAUUUUUUAUUUACAACUUUUAUUUAAUAUAUUUCUUGAAGUAUUAUUAAUUUUUUUUAAAUACUUAGUAAAAAGAUUACCUAAUCUUAAAUUUUUAAAUGAAUACUAUGCUAAUAUAAAAACAUUAAAUGGAAUUUAUUUUGGUUUAUUAACAAUAUUACCAGCUUCAAUAGGAUUUGGACAAUUUGCUCUUGUUUUAAAUCGUUAUGCUGCAGUUAAAUAUCCUUUAUCAUAUAAAAAAAUUUUUUCAUUUAAAACAUUAUUUUUUAUAUAUACUUUUCAAAUAUUAUUAUUAUGUCCUGGUAUUAUAAUGUGUGCACCUUAUUAUGCUACUAUAAGAUUAAAUAAUCAAAUGAAUACUGUUAUAAUAAUUUUUUCACAAAAUAAAUAUAUACAAAUUUUAUCUAUAUAUAAUAUACUUGUUGGAUUAAUUUUGGCAUUAUCAUCUGCCAUUUUUGGAUUUAUGUCAUGGAGAAUUUUAAAAAAAAAAAAAUAUUCAAGAAAUGAAAAUAGUCUUGAAUAUAAAAAACAAAAAAAAUUUUUAAUAUUUGUUAUAAUUCAAACUGUAACUGAUGUAUUAAUGUAUAUUGCAAAUUUAUUUUAUUUAAUUUUAAUUUUAUUUCGAUUGAAAAGUAUUGUUCUAAUGACAUCUUUUAUAUAUUAUUUUGCUGAAGAUAUUUGUUUUUUAACAACUCCACUUGCUCUUUGUAUAACACAAAGACGUAUCAGAAGUCUGUUUUUAGAAUUCUACUUUGGUUUUAUUUUUCAAAGAAAAAAGAAUAAGAGAGAUAACAAAAAUCAUAUUAUUAAUAGAAUAAGAUUUAGUAAAGAAAAAUUUAAUAGAAUACAUUAUUAG